AUGAAUUUUGACAACCACAGUGAUGGGGUCGAUCAGCAUGACCCCAAUUCACACCCUCUGUCCGAACAAGAAUUAAUCGAACUGAUAGAAAAAAAUGCCAGUGCCCUUCAAGAACAGGUAGAGGCUGCCUCAGUAGCUAUCGUCGCAAAUGACCAUGUUGAUUCAUCCGAGAAUAACCAUCAACUAGCUCAGAGUAACCCGCAAAUUCUGGGACUGGAUAAUAAUGAAAGCGACUUCAGGCACCCAGAAAAGCGGCCGUUGGAUGACGUUGACAACACAUUGGAUCAGCCCGACACGAAAAAGCACAAUAAGGAUUAUGAAGAGGCUGACAAGGCAAGUGACCAAGCCAGAGACGAAGAACUGAAGAAUGCCUUUUCUGAACUGAAUCAGAAGUUAGCCGGGGAAAAGCCAGCUGAAGAUACACAACCCCCAUUAAAUCCAGUUGGCCCACAAGAAGAUUUUUCAAAGCUUCUGGAAAUGAAUGAAGCUGAUCAACUUCGAUUCCUCACACAGCAUUUACAAAGUGUGCAAGAAAGUGUGGGUAACGACGCCGAGACUCCGGCUGUGACACAUUCAGCUUUCCAACCAAUUGAAGGAGAACACAGUACUACAAGCUUAAGCGAACCGAAGCAUAUACCCGGAGGCUCAUCGGAGACAUUUGCAACUCACGUUACAUUGGAAAGCAGCAAUGUGGACCCAUUGAUCAGUAAAGCCCAGGAAGCUACACAGACAACAACAGCGUCAGCAACUGCAAAGAAAUCGGAUAUGACAAUAGAGAACUUGGCUGUUGAUAAAGCUCUCGUUGGAGAAACGGAGGAAGAACCGGUAAUAACUGGCAUAUCAAAAGGCGCCAAGCCAAAUGGUGAUUCAGAUGACAUACUAGUUGUGGAUAGUCGGGAUCUGGGUGAGGAGGACAAGGAAGCCAAAAUUCUUAUUCGUGUAGGAGCUUUGACAGUAAUUGGGAGUCUCGCAACGCAAAUAUUGGACUUAUUAUUGGGCAAGAAUUCAUACCAAGAUACUCUAAAUAUUGUCACUCAACCCAAGAGCAAUCGGGGUAUAGCUUACUCAAUGUUACUUGAUAUUUUUCAGCGAACCAAAUUGGUUUUUAGUGAUGAGCAGUUUUUGUCUUCUUCUAUUGAGGGUCUUGACAACACUUCACGAAGCACCAAACAAAUUGUUCAGCGUGCCAACCUUGUAACUUUUCUAGCUGCAGUUUUUGGUUCUAUCGAGGUUGGAUUUUAUCAUUUGAAUGAGUAUUUUCUUGAAACGUUUGUGCCUGAAAACGGAAAAUUGCUGAAGCCCCUUGCAAGCUUAUUUCUUGAUCUCAAGACCCAGGCGUAUAUUUCAGCACUGGGCCAAAAUGAAAAAUCCAAAACCGACGUCUUGAAUGAUUUAUUUCCUGAAAAUCUCGAGCAGGUGCUUUAUAGCUUUCGACCAGACAGAAAAUCAUUAUCUCCAAGUGAAGAGGAAUUCAUAACGAAAUGUAAACGACGACGCUCGAGACUGGAAUCAGAAGAGUCUUCGGAAACUCUGGCUCAGACAUAUCAAUGGCUUUCUUUUCUGAAGGAAUUGACGGAGUAUACAGGGAAAGCCCAUAAUCAAGUGGCACAGGUGUACAAUGGCAACAGCGGAGCUACACUGCCAAUAGUAACACAGGGGAUUUCAGCGGGCGCUACGGUAAACAGUGGAUCGGAGUCUAUUACUACAUCUAAGAAACCAAUUGUACAAGUUUGGAAUAGUCAUGGUACACAGCCUUCAACAGCAUUUCCUGCUAGGCCGGACAAUAUGUUAAACUCAACCAGCAAUCAAGGAACUGAAAGUGAUGAGAGUAACUAUUCUGACUCGUUAAUGGCUUACAAAGCAGCACGAAAGCUUAUGGCAUCAAAUUCCACCACAUCAUUUAAUGAGAAACCUGAAAAUAGCUCACCAUCUACAGUGCCUGGAAAAACUGGUAGUAUUGUUUAUGCUAGGAGACCCUGGACAAAUGAAGAGGAAGAGGCUCUUAUUCAGGGCCUUGACGCUGUUGACGGUCCAUAUUGGAGUCAAAUCUUAGAACUUUACGGUCCCGGAGGCUCGAUUUCCGAAGUCCUCAAGGAUAGAAAUCAGGUUCAGUUGAAGGAUAAAGCCCGCAAUUUGAAAAUAUUUUUCCUGAAAUCAGGGAUCCCAGUUCCGCGAUCGUUCCAAUACGUCACCGGUGAUAUCAAUGCCCGCAGCCAGGCCCAUAAGAAAACUAAGGAGAAAAGAAAGGGAGGCGAGGCUAGUGAUACUCCUCCUGGAACGAUAACUCCUAACAAAAAUUCAAAUCAGCCGACUCCACAGUCACAGGUUGAUUCAAGCCGCACCGAGGCAAUCUCUCACGCCCCAUCAUGGCCAUCCUCCUCUGAUGAAACCGGUGUCGAUCCGAUCUUGUUCCCAGCCAGCCCUGCCGCAAAUCGACCGCCCCCAGACACAGAUCCUAAGCCAACCUCGCCAGAAACAACCGUCGAAUUUAAUUCCAGCCAGAUAUUGCAAAAUGACAAUGUUUCAGAAACGAACGUCAAUGCUGUCGACGAUUUUCACUCGGACAACAAAUCCCGCCAAGCUGAGGAGAGCACUACUAUGGUGGCGGGGGGAGACGAUGCAAGCAAUCUAGAGCAAUUACUACAAAGAGUGGGCGAAUUUAUCUCUAGAGAGGGUGAUCAGUAG